CAGAAAGAUCGGUAAAAAUGCAGGCAGGGGACAGGACAAAGCACUUGGGACAAAAUUAAAUUGAAUGAAUGUCACUUUUAACAUUUUUGAAUUUCUCGCUGGUACUGUCCCCCGUACAUCCCGUAUGUCCCGACGCUUGCAGGGAAUGGAAGACGGAUGCCUGCAUCGGCCGGAGGAGAUGGCCGGGGACGCUGCAGGGGGGACAUCGAAGGAGCGCAGGACAAGGUAAAUGCUGGAGGGAUCCCUGAGCAACGCUGCAGGGUAAUCCCGAGUGUAGCUCGGGGUUACAGCUUUUGGUACUGAAA